AUCAUAUUGCUACAACGUUUCCGUAAAAUUUCCCAAUCUUCAGGUGAUUUCUGGUUCGGUCACCUGUCAAAGAAACGCCGAGUUCCCACCAUAAGAAAGAAACAACACAUCCCAUUUGGAAACCAUGGAGAACCCGUGCAGCAUAUUCGUAGGAUCUCUCGCAAUAGAGACGUCAAAGGAAACGCUUCAGGAAUAUUUUGGACAAUUUGGGGCGAUCGAAUCAGCAGUUGUUCUGGUCGACCCGGGCACAAGCCGUAGCCGAGGGUUUGGUUUUGUCAAUUUCAGCAGCCGUGAUGCAAGAGAUUCGGCCCUAUCCAGCGGCCCCCAUUUUGUUGAUAACAAACAAGUGGAGUGUAAAGUAGCCGUACGAAAGGGGGAUAUGAAGCCAGACAUGGGCGGUGCCGGCGGCGGGGGCAGGGGAAGGUCCGACCAAUUUUCCGAAAGCCAGGAGAAGAAAGUCUUUCUCGGGGGCAUUUCUAAUGGAACUACGAAUGAAGAAAUUGAAAGUGCCCUGACUAGAUUCGGAACUGUGAUCGGUGUUGAAAUAAAAUUUGACAAAGUCACACAGAGAAUGCGAGGGUUUGGCUUCGUGGAAUUCAGCACCCCUGCAGAGGCAACAAAAGCAGUCGCAUCCCAGUUUAUACAAAUCAAUAACAAAACGGUGGAAAUCAAGCUUGCUCAGAACAGACAAGCCGUGCCAUAUGGCUCACCCGGUGGCUUCGGCGGUACGUUUGCAAACAGCAUGGGUCUAUACGGCCAGCCCAUGGCAUACGGAAGCUACAACGCAUACCCAAGCAACACGACUGGGUUCAACAGUGGAGGUGCCAGCUACAUGGGCAGUACCCCAGGCUAUGGGAGCAACCCAGGCUACGGAAGCAAUAGUCAAUACCAGAAUUACGGCAGUAAGGAAGCCAGCAGUCCCUAUGGAGGCACUUACAGCUCUGGAUUCAGCGGUAACACAAGCUCUACCUACGGUGCCAACACGGCCUCUAACUUCGGAGGGGGAAGUGGUGGUUACGGCAGAGGGGCCUACAACCCGUACAGUCAGUAAAAUUGGAGAUCUGAUCUUGUAUAGUGCAUGUACUGAGCCUUUCGUCCGUUGAUGGACAUAAGGCGUUCUUUUCAUGUUACCUGUAACCAAAAGUGAGUUUGUCAUUGACGCCGAUAUCCGGUGUUAUGAGUGUACAUAGGUGAAGAUUGGUGUACUGGAUACAGUACAUGGUUGGGAUUAUUGGUGGAAAUCUGACAUCACACCCGGCCUGUCUGCCGAUAGUUUGCCAUUUUGGGAGUAGACUGGCAUAUAGGCCAAUUUCAAAACGACGACUUCAGAUGAGAGAACGGAGCCCUAUGCCGAGUCCAAAGCCAAAGCCGUGGAUUUGAAAAGGACCAUAGAUGGUGCAAGGCUGCACAGUCCCACAUGGAAUGUGUGACUCCCAAAAUGGCACAACUAAGAUUUAUUGUGGGUGAUGAGGUCAGAUGAAAUAGGUACAUGUAUCAGUGGGGUCUACACACAGACCUUAAACUGCUGGGGGUACAAGAAGUUAGACUUUUGGAGAAGGAUAAAAGAAGGGUGGGCUACCCCCUCCGCAACUUUCCACUCCCCCUCCCUUUGCAAUGGAUUAACAUUAACCCAUCACUGUUGGUGAAUUUAGACCACGACUGAAAGUCAGGGAAUUUUGGCCACAACUGAAAGAAAACUCACUUGCAUGGUACUAAGACAAUAUUAAGCUCAUUCAAGAAUGACUUACGUUGAGUUGAAUAUCAAAAAAUUCAUUUCCUCUAGCCUACGGUAUGCCUUUUGAGCGUAAAAACAAAAACGCAAAAACAUGUGCUACUGUAUCUUUGUUGCGUUGUGUCAAUGCGGCGUCCAACAGGUUGUUUGGUCAAUUGCAGUGAUGUUAAUGGGUCAAGUGACAGGGAAGGGGCUGUGGUUCUUGGGAGAAAGGGGGUGAAACUUUUUUUACAUGUAAUGAAAGUGUUACAGAAGGAUAGCGUGGGGACUCUACCCCCCAAUCACUUUGCAGAUUUUGGUUGGUAGCACUAGUUUAGACUGUUAUAUAUCUACCCUAUUGUAGUAUGCAGAUUGACAUAGAACUUUGUCUGUUUUUGCAGCGUGUACUACACGCAACCCAUGACAUAGACACAUGGAUUUCUGGCCUUACAAUACAAGUACAAGUAGCCCCCAAUUGGGAGAGUAUAUAUCAUACAGCAUUCAUAAGGACUCCUGAUUGAGGCGUCUUGUGGCUGGCUUAAGACAUAUUCCAAUAAAAGUGCUUUAUCACUCAGUCGGGGUACACGAUCCUGUUAGUACAUGUAAAGUCAUUGCGUUGACACGCUCAUUUAACUGCUGCAUUCCCAAACUUGUUUACUACUUCUGGCUCCAAAACUGGCAUUUGUUUAUAAAUUUACCCAAAGUCACCUAUAUCAUUUUUCAAAAGCAUUUCUUGUGACAGAAACAUCUCAUUUUGAGACAACCAUUAGUCUUUGAAGAGUGUAUGCCAAAAGCCAAAUGUGUCAUUAGUAUUUUUUGGUACACAUCAAAGACAAUUUAACUCAUUGCAGAUCUUCGACAGGUUUCUGUUAGUCAGUAGAACAUAUUUGUGUGUAGUGGGUGUCGCUAACAGCUGAAUUAUGAAACAGGGGUAGUUUUGUUUGCAACAAUGCAAUCUUCCCUUCAGCCAUGAUAAACAUCUUUCAUUAGGGGCAACCAACCACUGUUUUAGUGCAGAGUAACAGCACACACAUUUUGAACGGAAGAUUUUGUCUUUAUUUUUAAUAUUUUGUUCUGUUUUGAUUUUAAUUUUAUGCUUUAUUUUUGAGGAAGGUGAUGGAUCAAGAAUAGAGAUUUUGGAAGCAUGAGAGGUGAGGUGUUUAGUUGGGUAGCAGUGUAUUUCACACUGAUCUAAAAUCAAGUUUAAUAUCAAAUGUAUAUAGACUUUAUUAUAGUGGUAUUUUGUUUCUGUUUCUCUGGAUUGACUGAGGUGGUGAGAAUUAAAUUCAUGAUGAACUGGCUAGUUUAAAAAUUCUUGUUUUUCAUUACUCAACUCAAAGAUAGAAAAAAAUCAAAGAUUUAGAAGAAACAAAAUAAUUGUAUUGUCUCAUCAUGCUUUGAACUUUAUUUAGCUCAAGCUUGGAAUAACAUGGAGACCAUGGCUUCUUUUUGCCCUUGAUCUUGGCCUUGGUGCCCCUUCAAAACUGUUCCUCAGACUUUCAGAUUUUCCAAUAGAAGUGUCGUUUGCCCAAAGGGAUUUCCCUCUAACAGAUGAAAUUUCAGGCCUGUGAUAGCUUAGUCUCGAAGGUCAUACAAAAUUAGAAAACAAAUGAGAUGCUCUUCUUUGUUUUUUCUUCUGAUUUUGACAAAAGUUGUCUUAGUCUUUCACUUGGUAAUUCUAAAACUGACAAACUAUGGCAUUUACUAUCUUCCUAUCAGUGGCUAUGGCAAAUUAUCUUUUUAUCUAUGAUUCCAUAAAGUGAACUAUCGCAAUGCACACAUUCAAGAAGUUGAUUUCAAUGGGUUACAUACUUCUCAUCAAUUCUCAUUUUUGCUUAAAAAGGCAAAGUAUGUUAGGUGUCCGAAGAAACACUAGAUAUACUUCCAUUUCAAUAUUUUUUUGAGAGUAAGAGAUUUGACCGAGUUUAGCCCGGUUCAUGCUUCCUACGAAUGCUUCAUGCGAUGUCACAACUCUGUUUCCCUGUGAAUGUUGUGAGUUGAGCACAGCACAACUGUUGCGAAUUGUUUGUUGCGGAUUUGUGACGUAAAGAUUCGCCUCACAUCCGCAGGAAGUAUGAACCAGGCUUUAGACGUCUGCCAACAUAGCCUUUCAAUGGUCUGCCAUUCCGACGCAUGUGCGCAAUUGAAUAGAAGGCUGACGUAGAGAGCCGUGCGCCAUGCGUCCGAAAUGACAAAUGUGGGGUUACCAGUGUAAGUUGACUGCAGUUUGAGACCCACACACUGUAACAUUGUAAAUACGUAAAGCUUAUGGAAACAUUUCAACUUGUACAAAUUAAUUGUACAUGUACAUAACAAUUCUUACCCUUUAAAGAAAUAUUAACUUGUGUCUUGUAAAAGCCAUGGUAUGAAUGAAAACACAUUAAGGAUUGAAUAGCCUGAGGAUGAAUUCUGUGAAAUUCUGUCGUAGCUCCUUUUGUUUUCAUGAUAAAUCGCAUUUCUUGUGGAUGUUGUAAAAAAAAACUAACAUCAAAUUUAAUUUUGCAGUCAAUCUUAUAAGCUAAUUUUCUGUUUUUGUGCUCUUUCUUGAGAAAAGCAUGAUAGGGAGCUGAAAUAUUUCACAGAAAAGUUUCCUUUUUGGCUAAAAGCAGUGAGAUUUAACGUGGGAAGAUAUGACAGAUCGAGAUGGCAGCUACUGAAGUUGCUAUGUAAGGUGGCAAUAAUGAUUAUGAUGCAUUUGGGUGUGUUUCAGGCGAUCUGAACCAGGAACAUACACCAAACCUUUUGGAUUUGACCUAAAAACUGAUUGGUAGAUGCUUUAGGUUUGCACAAGCGUACAUUUAUCUUGAGGCAAAGAUUGGGCUGCGGGGAAGGCAGUAUCGCUCUUAGUACAAAGGUACAACAUUCCUCGAGGCUAGUGCAGAAAGCGCUUGCCUCUCACCAUUUUGGUCCUGGUUCGAUUGCCGGCUAAGGCCAUGUGAGAAGAGCUGUGCCAUGAGGGUUUUUAUCCUCGCCCUACUCCGGUUUUCCCCCCUCUGUUAAAAUCAAACAUUCUCGAUCUUUGCCAUGCUUAGUGGUCAUAUCGGUCAAUGUGGCUGGGUGCCAUGGCCCCUUUACAUGCCUGUGGCUUUAACACACUGUAGCCUUUACAUGCCUGUGGCUUUAACACACUGUAGCCUUUACAUGCCUGUGGCUUUAACACACUGUAGCGAGUGACCGGAGUCCUUUGCAAUUCAGCUCUCAGCUUCAAGUAAGGGCGUGGUUAGCCUCCAAAAUUAUUACUGUCACAUUGGGAAGUUUGUCAGCGAUUUUUACUAUACUGUGAACAAAAGUUACUUUGCAGCUCUGAAGACUGCUGGAGGAUGCUUGUUUGAUUCUAAACUAAUUAAUCAUGUCAUUACUACCUUAUGACUCUCAUUUGGAUGCACUCCCUAAACAGCCUCUUUGGCCUACAAUACUUCAUCCUACCAUGGUUUCCAUUACACUAAGGAAGAUUAACAUCUUGAUCUUCUGCUUUGUUCAGUUAAUUUAGCAAAAGGAGAAGGUACAACCACAUAAGCUUAUCGUAAUCUUUUUAAAAUUCCUUUAGAGAUCGAAUUAUAUCUAGAAAGGUCUAUCACUUUUGAUUAUCACAUUUACUUGUAUGAAAAAUUCUCGACGGGGCCUAAUUUUAUAGAGCUGCUUAAGCCAAAAAUAUUGCUUAAACUUUUUCUGCUAAGCAAAAGUGUGCAGUAUACCAGUUACAGGUUUUAUGUUACAUGGUACUUUGGCUGGUAACCUUAUUCUGGUAAGCAUGCAUUAGUUGUGCUUUGCUACUUGUUGUGUUCAAGCAGCUUUACUUAAUUGGGCCCAUGAUUUUAAAGCUGUAUGCGUUUAAGCCAGCAACAUUUCCAAAAUGAUAGACUUUUCCCGACAUUAGUUUUGUUCGGAAUGUCCGAGACCAAUUCUUUUAUAAAUUCUGUAGAUUUACAUUGUCUCUUGAAGGGAAAGUUUGACAUCGAGAGUAGAUUGGUAUUAGGUGUUGAGAUGAUAGCAAUGUUAUUAUAUGUUAGCUGUUGACCUUUGAACUUGAAUGUAGUUUAAAAACAUGUGACAUUAAAUUUACAAUGUAGUAUUCAUUAUUCAAUGAUGAAGCCCAAUUCCACAAAGGUCAAAUCAGAAAAUACUGCUUAGCAAGUAAAACAAACAUACAAAAAUAAACGGGGCACCAGCAGCAACAAUGUAAACUUCAUGGAAUUUUAGCUGGUAACCUGUUUCUGCUAAGCAAUGUUUGUCUGUGCUUAGCAAGCCUUCUGUAAUUGGGUUAAAAUGAGAGGUAUAAGUUACUUUGAGCUGAAAGUGUCAACUUAAUUGAACGUUAAGGGUGAGAAUGCCUUCAUAUUGCCUUCAUUGUGUUAAGUAUUCCCCUUAUUUUGGAAUGACAACUCUAAACGGCUGCUUCUUUUACUUUCCCUCCAACGAGAGAAAGUUAAAUGCAGUUUGAUUGCAGCAGAAGAUGAUUUGGAUUUAUUGUAUACGGCUGCAAGAAUUUCUUGAAAACUUUUCCAUCAAAUUUUUUGGUAUUAACACCAUUGAGUGCUGCGGCCAUCUUGGUCAUGUACCCCUUACAUUGUUGUUGUAACAUUCAUGAUUAAGGUUACCAGUUACCAGACUAUAUUGGACUAGCCUCAUUUUGAGCCUGACAGACUUGUACAUAAUAUGAGAUUCAAGAUGGCCGUUGCAUGAGAAUGGUCUAAAUUGUGUACUGUAAAUAAACAAGCUUAUAUAAAGAGUUGUAGCUUUAGAUAGUUAUUUUAUGAAAAUGGAAAAAAAUGCAUUAUUUUAUCAAGCAAAAUUGCUAAGAGAUUAUAAGUGUGUGACUACAGCGGUCAUCAUGAAUUUAUGUUAAGAAUUUUAUUUACUUGCCUUAUUAUUGUAUUAAAAGAAAAGGAAAAUAUAUAUUCAACUGCAAUGCUUUGUUCUGAUGGUUGGGUCAAUAUUCUGUUGAUGUAUUGGGCCAAAACCUCCGUUAUUGACAGUCGCUUGUGUUCUCAGAACAAAUACAUCCUGCACAUUGCUUUCAUUUGCAUUGCUAGGCAGUCGCUGCUGUUAAGUUUGAAAAGCUCACAUGCUCUAGCUUCUUUCACUGGCAACUUGUUGUUCUGCUCACUACUUUUAUUUUAAUAGUUAAGGGAAGGAAUGUCACUUGAAAGGAUAAAUUUGACAAAAUAGUUGUGGAAAAUUUUUUGUGGAACCGUCCAGAGGCCUCACAGUGUGAUGAGAAAGUGAACUUAUCACAUUGCGUUAUAAAUUCAGUCAUUUAAUUUCUCUUAAAUCAUUCCUCAGUCAAUUAUAUUGUGAAUUAAGCUUAAAUUUAGAAAGGAAGUGAAUGAUACUUCCCUAUAAACUUUGAAAAAACAAGAAAAAAAGUGAGAGAGCAGUGUGUUACAGGAACAGUAGGAAAAUUAAAGCCAACCAAACUUAUAAAUCAAGGUUUGGGAAUUGUAAGACUUUUGACUAUGAAAUGUGACAUGUUUUUUUCUGAGCGUAGGUACUGGCUUGAACCUGGAACAAUGUGUUGUUUUCUAACAAAGCAAUAUAUAUAUUUGUUUCUGUAGUGUUAUUACCAUCCAUUAUGUAUAUAUCUUCACAAGAGUAGAACCGUAGCUUUAACAUGACGUUGGCAAAGCUGAUGCAAUGUGUUUUAUGGAAGAUUCCUUAUAUAACAGCUGAUAUUAGUUGCAUAUUUGAAUUAUUUACGCCAUUAUUAUUAUUACUAUUAUUAUUAUUAUUAUUAUUAUUAUUAUUAUAUUGUCAUGUACAGUGAUUAAUGUAAUGUUUUUUUUAACACUAUUAAAAACAUUCAAUUAUAAAAGUAUAAACGUUAAGAAUUUAUUUUCUCCUUUUUCCUUGUGGAAACAAAAUAAAAUAGUUGUUGUUGCACGUGGUCAUUUCA